AUGAUAAGCAGUCUUAAUAUUGGGAAUCCAAAGUAUGACAAAAAUCUUGAUUUAUUCUCUGAACCGGAGCUAUGUCAUUUCAAAUACAAUAAAAUGUGCAAAAUGGAUGAGAUGGACGAAGAAGAGUGGUCCGAUAGGUCACUCGAAAUCAAUUCUUCUUCAAAUUCCGUUGGUUGA